ACCAUUAGCACAGUCCACCAUCAUAUGCAACCGGGCAGAGUCCACCAUCACAAGAGACCACGCAGACUCGGAUUCAUAGACGAGCUCCAGCAUGGUCCGAACGGUCACUGCAUGUUGGGGAGACAAAUUUGUUAUGGCAGAAGUACAUUCCAAAAAAAGAAACGCAAAUACGUACGCUAAAGUCUCCAGGGCCAUGACGGAAAGAGGCUACUCCAGGGACACAGAGCAAUGCCGUACAAAAAUCAAGGAGCUCAGGCAAAUGUUCCAAAAAGCCAGGGAGGCGAACGGGCACUCUGGGUCACAGCCCCAUACAUGCCACUUCUACCAUGAGCUGCAUGCAAUUAUAGGGGGUGACGCCACCAGUACCCCACUACUGUCCGUGGACACCUGCAAGGGGGGAGUUGCACGGAGCGAGGAGGAUGAGUUAUUGGAGGAUGAAGAGGAGGAGGAGGACAGUGCACAGGCGGCAAGUGGAGAACCCGUUUUUCCCCUAGACAGGAACUAUUCUUAAUGCUGGACCCAAUAGCCUCCCCCCACUCCCAAUGCGGGCUCCUGGACCAUGACCCUGGAGAAGGCACUUCUGGUGCAAAUGUUUCAACAUGGCUCCCAUCUACUCCAUCCCAGAGGCUGGUCCAGAUUAAAAGGUGGAAAAAACGAAGUCAGGACGACAUGUUCGCCGAGCUCAUGCAGUCCUCCCGCACUGAUAGGGCCCAGCUGAAUGCAUGGAGGCAAACAAUUGCCGAGUCCCGUAAAGCGUUACAUGAACACAAAGAGAGGAGGCACAUGCGCGAUGAGAGCAGGCAGGAUGCUAUGGUCAAGCUCAUGGGGGAGCAAACUGACAUGCUCUGCUGUAUGGUGGCUCUAAUGCGGGAAAGGCAGCAAGACCACAGAUUGCCUCUGCAGCGCCUGUAUAACCAUCCUCCCUCCUCCCCAAGUUCCAUAGCCUCUUCACCCAGACGUCCAGGAACAUGGCGGGGGGAGGCUACGGGGACCCACACACUCAACCCCAGAGGAUUGCACAAGCAGCAGAAAGCUGGCAUAUCCGAAGUUUUGAUUUGGUUUCUGGACUUGUCAUUCCCUCCUCCUCCACCCCCCUCCCCCAGUUACCCCUUCACCCACCCACCCCCCGGUGUACCUUCUUAUUUCUCUCAGUGUGUUGUGCAACAAAUAAUAAAGAACAGUUUUUAAACAAUUGUGACUUUA